CCUUACUGUUGCUGAUGGUGCCGCCCCAGCGCUUCCUCUCGUCCAGGAACCACGGACGCAGAGGGCCGGCAAAGAGGUUGCCGGUGCUACCUAUCAGAAAGUGAUAGAGUACCCCGUCGGCGGGGGCGUGUUCAAUGAGCUCGUCCCCGGCCAUGUCGUCCUGGCCAAGGCCAUGCCGGCCAAAGAUCGGACUCAUCUGAAGAAGCUCGAGGAGCCGAAGAUCUAUGAGGGUGGCAUGGAUCUCCUCGUCCAAAGUGCCUUCAUGCUUAUGGAAAGCCAUAAGAGGCAGUACUGGGAGAUUGCCCGCCUGCAAGCACUGGAGCAGAAGGCUGCCUCGGCCGACGAGGCGGUAGCUUGCCUUGACCGGCUCCGGGAAGAUGCCAAGGCGCUGCAGGCCAAGGCUGAUGAGGCCGUCGCGGCCAGGGACGAUGCCCUGGUCAAGCUCGAAGAGAGCAGAAGGGAGCUUGAGGAG